UAGCGCGCCGCCCCGCGGGCAGUGAUGGGAAGUGUAGGCGGAAGAGGGCGCUGAGAGCGGCGGGAGGGAGUUUUGAGGGGUCCCCGGGAUGGAGCCCCCCCCUCAGCCCAGUGCCAUGGAUGCCCUGCACGAGGCCGGGAUCCACGCCGCCGUGGCCCUGCAGGCUGGGCCGCCCUGGCUGGAGCAGAUCUGGCUCUUCCUGAGCUCCCAGCUGGAUCCCAACUCCAUCUACACCGUCUGCUUCCCGCUGGCCCGCGGCCUGGACGAGCACGUGUCCCUCAUGGUCCUCUGGAUCGCCCUGGUGGCCGAGUGGCUCAACGUGGUGCUCAAGUGGUUCCUGUUCGGGGAGCGCCCGUACUGGUGGAUCCACGAGUCGGGGCUGUCCGAGCGGGAGCAGCUCCCGCUGCGCCAGUUCCCGAUCACCUGCGAGACCGGACCAGGGAGCCCCUCGGGCCACUGCAUGAUCCUGGGGGCGGCCCUGUGGCCGAUUGUCACCGCCCUGAGCAAGGCGCUAUCCAGGUACACCCGGAGCCGGCUGCUGAGGCUGAUCCCGUUCCUGCUCUACAUCCUGCUGCUGGUGGCCAUGGGGCUCUCCCGGGUCUUCGUCCUGGCCCACUUCCCCCAUCAGGUGAUCACCGGCUCCCUGGCAGGUCCGCUUCUUCCUGCUGACGGCGCUGGGGCUGCUCCUGAGCGCGCUGGCCCUGCACGGGCUGGCCACGGCCGCGGGCCUGGACCUGGACUGGUCCCUCCGCCGGGCCAGCUCCCGGUGCUCGGAUCCAACCUGGCUGCGACCGGAGACGCGACCCUGGGCCUCGCUGUGCCGGGUGAGCGGCAGCGCCCUGGGGCUGGCCCUGGCCGCCAGGCACCGCCCGAGCCGCCGGGCCGCCGAGGAGCCGCCGGGGCUGGAGCCGCCCCUGGGCAGCGCCACGCUGGGGCUGCUGGCCCUGGACGUGCUGCACAAGCUGCCCAAGAGCGACGGCACGGCCCUGUGGUACCUGAACGUGGGUGCCCGCUACGCCCUGGGGCCCGUGCUGGUGGGCUCCCUCCUGCCCCAGCUCAUCCUCACCCUCCGGAGGUUCCGGGCAACCCCCUAGACCACACCCCAGAAUGGUGGGGAGUGAGGGGGAUCUGCUGCCGGUUCGUCUCCACCUGUACAGGGACCCCCAAAUUGAGUAGGGGGUGUCUGCUCUGUUGCCAGUUCAUUCUCACACUCCUUUUGCCACAGGGACCCCCAAACUGAGUAAGGGGUCCCCGCUCCUGUCCUGGUUCAUCCUCACCCUCCCUUUCCGCAGGACCCCCAAACUGAGUGGGGGUUUCUGCUCUAUUCCCAGUUCAUCCUCACCCUCCCUUUCCCCAGGGACCCCCAAAUUAAUUGGGGGGGUUUCUGCUCUGUUUCCAGUUCACUCUCAGCCUCACUUUCCCCAGGACCCCCAAACUGAGUGGGGUGGGGGAUUUCUGCUCUAUUCCCAGUUUCCCCGGGACCCCCAAAUUGGGUGGGGGGCCCUGCUCUGUUUCCAGUUCACCCUCACCCUCCCUUUCCCAGGGACCCCCAAAUUGAAUGGGGGGUCCUGCUCUAUUCCCAGUUCACUCUCACCCUCCCUUUCCCCCGGGACCCCAAACUGAGUGGGGGGUUUCUGCUCUGUUCCCAGUUCACUCUCACCCUCCCUUUCCCAGGGACCUCCAAAUUGAAUGGGGGGUCCUGCUCUAUUCCCAGUUCACUCUCACCCUCCCUUUCCCCCGGGACCCCAAAACUGAGUGGGGGGCCCUGCUCUGUUUCCAGUUCAUCCUCACCCUCCCUUUCCCCCGGGACCCCAAAUUGAGUGGGGGGGUUUCUGCUGUUCCCAGUUCACUCUUCCUCCUUCCCCCCAAACCGAGCAGUUGUCCCGGUUCCCGCUCACCCUCAGCUGCCCCCGGGACCCCCCCUCACCGCGGGUAGGGGGUCCGUGCCCCCCGGGGGUGCCCCGUGCCCAGCGGGUCUGGGGGCACAGCCCAGGGACAGCCGGGGACACUGAGCUGCCACCGCUGUCCCCAGCUGUCCCAUCCCCUCCGCAGCAGGGAUGGCACCCCCCCCGACCUGCCGGGACCCCCCCCGACCCGCCGGGACCCCCCCUCACCCCGGUUUGGUACCAAAUAAAGCUCCAGAACCGAGCCGGGUCCCGAGUGCU